AUGGCGACCUCCUUCCAACCAAACGUCCAUUACACGUUUGGUGGCCCCUCCUCCUCCACCCCGUUCUUCGACUCGCGUCGCGGCUCGGGCAUAGUGGACAAUGAGGACGUCUCGAGCAGGGUGUACAACUCGGUCGCCGCCAGACGGGGCUCUCGGAAGUCUAACGGUCGCGAAACCUCCAGUCUUGCUGACGUCGUGUAUUCCCUGCGACGCCGGAACAGCAGCGAGAUGGACUCGCUGAUCUCCUCCAAGCUCAUGAGCUCCAACCAUGCGUCCCUCAUCGACUGGAUCCGCGGCGAGCGCAUGAGCAAGCUGCCUCCCGAGGGAAGCAGCUACGACCGUGUGCUGAGCUGGGCUGCCCUGUUCGUGGAGCAAUUGCACACGUUUGACUUGGCCGUCGAGGGAUUCGCUGGAGAUAGCCAUCUGGCGUCCCAGCUCGUCUACGGCUACUGCGCGCUUCUUCUGGAGCUGGGUGAGGAGAAUGCUUCUGCCCUAGUGGUCAUGUUCAGCUUCUUUUGCACCUGCUCGGUGAAUCUCGUCAACCUGCUGGAUCGAGCCGAGUUGUUCACGGUCUCGCAGGAGAUCAAGGACCAGCUUGUUCUCGCUCUGGCUGAUCUGGUCACCCUAGUGGUUUGCGUGGCCACUUAUUUCCACAAGGCCUUGAGUGGAAUGACCUCCGAGUCCGUGUCCAUCGACAUUUUCAACUCGUUCCCCGGCCCAAUCGAAAGCUUCCGCAAUCGUUUCUCGGAAGUUAGGUCGAUCAAACACUGGCUCGAGCCAGAGGACCCCGUCCUCGCCAACAUUACACACAAUUCGGCUCAGUCGGCUCAGGAUCGAGAGGAAAGUAGCUGCCUGUGGAUGACGCCCUACUUGAACCGCUUCCUGAAAAGCGCCAAGAGCACUCUAGUCUUCUCGGGCAAGCCUGGCUCGGGGAAGACUAUCUUGUCUUCUGUUAUGGUUGAUCAGCUCCAGCACCCGAUCGGAGGUGUGAGCUAUCAACCAAUCUCCGUUUCGAUCAGCAGCAGAAUUUCCGCCAACACAACACCUCGCAGUAUCGCCAAAUCAAUCCUUUCCCAGCUCUUUGCCAAGCGAAUUGGCAAUGUGCAACUGUAUCAGAUCAUCUCGGAUGCAUAUGAUCGUUGCGAGCAGACGGCGGAUAACGACGAAUAUGACAAUAUCCUCUGGUCCGCUGUAGAAGACGCCCUGCAGGCAAGCGUUAAGGGUACCAAAGAGCUUAUUCUAGUGGUCAACGGGACCGACCAGGCCUCCUGUGGUGAAGCUGCGAUUCAGGCCAAGCUCAAGAAAGCCACUGCCAAUGCCAACAACAUGAAGCUCGUCUUGCUCGGUUCCCAGCAAUCUUCCACCAAUGCGGACCAGACAGCAGUGAAUAUCACGCCGGAGCUUACCUUCGACGAUAUGAGUGCGGUGGUCCGACACGCUCUGCAGUCCUGUCAGCCGUUCAGGAACAUGUCCGAAGAGCAGCGCGAAAUCACCGUGAACCGCGUCGCCGAAGUUUCCGAUGGCUCGUUUCUUUUUGCCAAGUUGGCCACGAGCCAGAUCCAGAGCGAGGGCCAAAAGAGCGCGGAGAAGUUCUCCCAGGCUGUUGAUAAGGUUGCCAAGGCAGGAUACAGCGUCAGAGAUUUCGUGUCCCACAGUCUGCAUUCCAAAUCUUUGACUGAGGAAGGCAAGGUGAUCUUUAGUUGGCUAGCCACUGUCGCUCGCCCGCUGUCCACCCGGGAGCUCUCCACCCUUCUCUCCAUUCAGGUGGACAAGGCAAACGUCAAAGACCGGGAUGUCGACUCCCGCAAGCUCCUCGAGGCCGCGGCCCCUCUGUUAACCCACCAGAAUGGCCUGGUGGGCAUUCGACACAACGAGGUUAGAACGGCUAUCUUGGACCUACUUUCCAAGGACAAAUUACUGCCGUCUGCCAAGGACAGGCACCUUGACAUUACCCGGCGGUGCUUGACUUACAUCAAGCAUGCCGUGGUCACCGACCAUGAGCCUUCCGUGUCCCCCCUAGAUCCGAAUAUUACGGGGAGCCUCCUAGAGAAAUUCCCAUUGCUGGACUUUGCCGUUCGCUACUGGGUUGACCACAUUAAGAAGGCAUUUGGCUGUACCACCGAUGAUGAGUUCUCCACGGCCUCCAAGGAGAUCCGUGAUGUGAUGCCCACUUCAACCUCAGUGCCACUGUUGUCAAUGACCCUCUGGGCGGCCAAGGCGACCCCGGUACAGAUGACUCUGUAUGCCACCCAGACCCGGCUAUACCAGUACAUCUUGUCGCCGCAGCAUCCGACCACUCUGCAGUCCACCAUUUGCCAGGCUCUCUUCUAUCGCGAACUUCAGGAUACUCUGCCCUCCAAGGUCGUCCCGGUGAUGUAUGCAGCCGUGGUCCUCAGCAAUGACGUGCUGUCGCCGAGCCAUAUUGUGACCAUGCAAUUGGCGAGAUUUUUCCUUGAGGCGACCACCAACCAGGUUACCGAGUCACAGACCGAGAUCAUGGUCAACCGGACCCGAGUGCUCUACAUCCUCGUUGAGAGUUACAAAGCGCAGUACGGAACCGCAAGCGAGCUUUACAUCAACGCCAGCACCGAGCUUGCCCAGCAUUACCAGAUCAUCAAGGAAGAGGAGAAGGCCAACGAAAUCUAUAGCUAUCUCCAGCAGAACAGCACCUCCACGGAGAGUACCACCGGCCAGUGGACCAGCUCUCAGAGCCAAGAGGAUUCCCUUCUGGUCAAUCUCCAUGGCCGUCCAAGCAAGGUGACAGAUGACUUCGAGACCACCUUGUCGCUAGACGAGAAAGAAGAAGAUGAACUCAUCUCGUCUUCCAGCGCGUACGACAUUGACGCGCUGAUCAAUCUCGCAGACACAUACGUCUCCCAGGGCAAUUUCAAGCUGGCAGAGACCGCGUAUGUGGAAGUCUGGCAGCGCACGAGCCGGGAGUUCCGACUGCACCGCUCCGCCCAAUGGGAGCUGAAGAAUCUCAAGGCCGUUCUAGCCUACACCAAGUUCCUCAAGGAGCACAACAGGCAGGAAGAGGCAGCUUCUACGCUCGCUGGCCUCUGGCAGGAGUAUGAGCAAGGCCCUAUGUCGAACUCGUCGGCCGUCAUCUCGCAAUUCUCCAAGGUCGCCGAGGCCAUGCAGUCCGUUGGUCUUUCCGCCAUGGCCCUGAACGUGUACAAGCACUGCGCUCAGUAUUACGCAGGCACCAGCGGGCACAACAGCUCUGCUUAUCAGAAACUUCAGGAGACCAUCCAGACCACAUCCACGCAUGUUAUGCAGACGGCUUCGUCAUCUAGUUCGUCGGUGACUGAAUCCAGUCUCAAGGACAUGGUGUUUGAGUCGAUCCAUAACCCGAAUCAGACCACCGUCUCCGCCGCCAACACUCUCAUCGAGCUGUAUAUGUCCCAGCACCGCUGGCACGAUGCAACCAGGUUGAUCAAGAGCGUCUUGCGUGGUGUCUGGCCUUCCUUCCUCGCCAAUUCUGUUCAGGAUGUGAGCGCCGCUCCUGAGAAGCAUGCGGAAUUCUGUAUCAGCCUCGCCGAGCGUCUGAGCGACUGCUAUCACUCUAGACGCCGUCCAUCGAAGGAAGAAGAUUCGCGCAACCGUCUUUACCACGCCUUGAGACGCGAUCGUCUACCUGGAGAUAAGGCUCUUGAUCGUGCCACGACGGGGCUCCUUCGUCUGUACAAACGCACCUCUCAGACCGAUAAGAUCAUCACUCUGUACCAGCAGUUGCUGAGCGAUUAUACCAAGCGUCUGGGCCCCGAGCACCCAACGGUGAUCAAGACACUCUGGACACUGGCGGAACUCACGAGCCCCCGUCCGGUGUCUGUCGAUUACUAUCGACAGAUCGUCAAUGUCAUCAACAAGGACUCGGACACCUGCAAGCCUGAGGCCUUUGAGCCACUGCUUAUUGUCGUCGAUGAUCUCUGGAACAAAGAGCGAUACACGGAGGCUGUGCAGCUCUACAGCGUCUUGUUCAAUACCCUGAAGCACCAGCAGGUCAACGCGAAGCUCCGCGACCAUGACUUCGUGCGCACGAUCUUUGAGCGUUACACCCACUGCCUGCGUGUCACCCACGCGAGUACGUCUGUCCUUCACGACGUCACCACCCAGUACCUCAACACGUGCAAGCACGUGUUUGGUGCCACCGCCUCGAUCACCGUGCAGGCGACGUUGUCUCUGGCCAAUCUCUGCCAGAGCUCUAUCCAGUACGAGAGUGAGGCUGUGCAGCUCUACGAGAGCCUCUUGGCGAUCCAGUCCGACGCAAUCGACAAGGAAGAUAUCAGAGAGAUCUUGGACUCGCUCGAAGAAAAGCAGACUGCCACGGUGUCGUCGAGUAAUUCCAGUUCCCUCACGAGCGCGCAGGUGCACAGAGCAGUCACUGUCCGCCAGCAGCGCCUCACAUCCAUGCGCUCCGAGUACGGAUGGGCCCACGAGGAGUCCCUCUCGGAGAUGGAAGAAAUGGCGUCCCUCUACUCCAAGCAGGGCGACUUCGCCUCUGUGGUUUCCCUCCUCAAGGACACGGCCGUGGAGGUUCUGUCCAACGAGACCUCGGCUGGCAAGUUGACCGCUGCAGCCCAGAGCAUUUCAUCCAGUUAUAUCGCCUCCGGCCAGAUCCAGCGCGGUCGGGAGUUUACCAGAGAGCUCUACCGUCAGAUUGUGGCCAAGGAUACCUCCCACAUGCAAUCUGCCCAGUUCAACGUUUCGUCGCUGAAGCGUCAGAGCCUCAUGUUCCUGGCGCAGCUCGAGUACGGCCUGCGCGAAGACACAUCGCUCACUUUGAACGAGAUCUUCUCGUCCCUGACCACCGAGUACCUCUACUUUGAGCAGCUCAGGAGCGAGAUCCACUCGAAGACGAGCAGCUUCCAGAGUGUGACAGCCUCUGCCGCUCGUCUGUACGGAUUCCUCGUUUCCCGGGAUAACCAGGCGAGUGCCAAUUUCGUGAUCAACAAGCUGAGCGAUUAUUUUGUUGCCCGCGAGGGUCGCGAGAUCGGAGUGACCGAGUCGGCCGGCGUCCGGGAGUUCGUCGUGACCAUCGUCAUGUACUUCACCACGCACAGCUCGCAGAACUUCCUGCGCUCGAUCGCCAUCGCCAGCUACAACCGUGUGUGCCAGCUGCUCGCCCAGAGGCAAUACCAGCCCGCAUGCGACCUCGCCCUCACGUCCUUCAAGCACAUCCGCGCCAACGACGGCUACUCGUACCUCCCGAACAUUAAGCUCGCCUUCAAGCUGGGCAUGGCCAUCUCCGGCCGCGAUCUCAGCCAGCGCCCAGACGAAACCCGCCGCAAGACCAUGCUCGAGAUCUCCUCGACGAUCAUGAAGGAGACUAUCCGGGUCUUCAAGCGCAGCAAGGUCGACAUAACCUGCCUGGGCCAGGACAACCUGAACAACCUCAUCGGCCUGCUCGACGAGCAGCAAGACUACCACAGCCUGGCGUGGGUGCUCACCACCCUCUGGGACAACCGCGAGACGCACACCGCCAGCGCCCAGCCCUACUUCAUCGUCACGCUGGCGCGCAUGCUCGUCAUCACGCGCUACAUGGUCGGCGACCACAUGGCCGCCGUGCGCCUCGCCGAAGACAUCGUCUACAACAGCUGCCGCGUGCACGGCGUGCGCCACCCCAACACCUUCGAGAUGACCGUGCUGCUCUCCCAGCUCUACACGAGCGUCGCGCUCCGCUACCAGUCCCAGAAAGACGGCAAGGAGAUGGCGCAGCGCUACUUCAAGAAGGCCGCCGCGCUGCACGAGAACGCCCUGCGCGGCUUCCUCGACCCGUCCUCCGUGCAGUUCGACUACGGCGCCGAGUCCAGCCAGGAGUCCGACGCCAGCUCGUCCACCUCUGACGAGGACCUCGGCGACGAGGGCAAGCACGUCCGCCAGCAUUUCCACCUGCUGAAGCUCGCCGUCGAGCGCCUGGGCAGCUGGCCUAAGGAUUUCUCCGAGUACAGCCGUCUCAGCGCGGAGCUGUUCAGCGCUUACCCUGAUGACCUCAAGGGCGUGGACGGUGUCGAUAAGUGGAACUUGAAGAAUUACGGUUCUGGUCGUGCGGAGUCGAGUGAUGACCUCGUUACUACGGGCCUUCGUCGCGAGAUUACUUACAAUCUCCAGGAUCUGGGUGCCCUUGCAAUUCCCGUCUAGGACUGCAUUGCUUAUAGGGGAACCGGUGCUAAAAUUGUUGGUGUUGGAUGUUAAAAAAGUGCUUUAAGUGCUGUUGUGGAAGUGAUAGGUAAUGAAAAGCGUAACACAUAAUAAUUAGUAUUAGUAUCUAGUUUACAG